AUGCUUCCAGAAAGCCGGGGGCUUCCGAGGGACUGCGGGAACAAUUACUUCCAAAUGAACUCGUGCAUCUUAGCAGGGAGAAUUCAGACCACACCCCAGGUCUCUUCUGGUGAUUCUGAAGCCAAACCUCUGAUCUUCACAUUUGUCCCCACUGUCAGAAGACUACCAACCCACUCCCAGUUGGGUGACACCUCUAAAUUCAUUGUUAAAAUUCCUGAGGAACCAAGAGAUAAGACUCCAGAAACUGUAAAUAGGUCUGAUUCCAAUGAGUACUUGACCUUGAAUAUUGGGAGCCAACGGGAGAGAGACCGAGGAACAUUGACUUAUCCUUUAGAGGUCAAGGACAAGGCUUCCCAAGGAAGGGGAUUUAAAGCAAGCGAACCUCAAGGAAUGCAGCAAAGUGACCUCUUCAAAGCUGAAUAUGUCUUUAUUGUGGACUCUGAGGGGGAAGAUGAAGCUCCAAGCAGAAAAGGUGAACAAGGCCCCCCAGGGGGGAUGGGCACCACAGCUGCUCGGCCCACGUCUCUAGCAAUCUCCUCCAGUCUGGUCUCUGAUGUGGUACGCCCCAAAACUCGGGGGGCAGACCUCCAGGUUCCGUCACAUCUUGAAAUGCCUCAUGGGAUGGCUCCUCAGCAAAAACAUGGGCCGAAAACACCACCUGUCCCAGUCGACCUAGCCGGAGCCUCUGUCCUGGAGGAGUUCCACGCGAGGAGGCUGGAUGUCAGUGGGGCCCUGGUGGAAGAAACAGCCACGUACUUUCAAACUUCCGCUCACUCUGCACCCUUUUUUGCACCGAAGGGCACGUCCUCGACGUCACAGUUCCCCCAUCCCGCUCAGUUAUCAGGUUCUCACUCAUCCAGUCCAAGUGCAGUCCAGCAAAAACCUGGCCUGACGUCUGAAGUCCUCAAGAAGACUGUCACCUCGCCUGUCCUUAGUCCCAGAGAAAGUCCGAGAGCCUCUUCUCCUUCACUGUCCUCCGGUGCUUCUCUGAAGUCGAAUUCAGCCUCCUACAUCCCAGUCCGCAUCGUCACGCACUCACUCUCUCCGAGUCCCAAACCCUUCCCCUCCCCUUUCCACGGCUCUUCUUCCACUGUCUGUAGCCAAGCGUCAUCCAGCGGGAACGUCUCAAAGUCAGGGGUGAAAUCCCCAGUGCCCUCCCGGCUUUCCCUCCUCACUGCCAUCCUCAAGUCCAACCCUUCUCACCAAAGACCCCUUUCCCCGGCAUCCUGUCCCACCUUCUCUCUCAACUCCCUGGCUUCUUCCAGGCUCACACUCGAUCAAAAAGUUAAACAAACCUCUCCUACGCCUAAAAAAUCCCUCUCGAGUUGCUCCCUGCGAGCGGGGUCUCCAGGGCAAAGGGAAAACCAGGUUUCUGAUCUCAGCCAGCAAUCCUUUCCCUUCCCUUUUUCCACUAAAGCUGCUCCCCUUCCUCUGGCAUCCUCCCUUUCUCCCCCAAAACAGGGCAGUAGCAGCCUUGCUUCUUUGAAUGUAGAGAAAACGCCAUCCCCCACUUCUUUGAAGAGCAGCCCAAUGAUUUCCCAGCUGCAAACCAGUACCUCCAUUUCUACGGGUCCUGUCCCUCCAAGCUUUUCUCCUCUGUUUUCCAAGGGCAGACAGGAUGCUGACCUCAGGGGCCCAGGAAAGCCCAGGGAUAUUUCCCCACAUCCUUCUGCGUUAGCCUCCUUGGCAUCAUCUUCGGUGUCUCCUCCCACUAACCCAAGAGCCAGGCUCCCCUCUCCAGAGAAAUGCUACCAUCCUUCCCCAACUCUUUCAAACCUGAUAAACAGAUCCAAGAGAGCAUCAGCACCUCUCUCUGGCCAGGGGCAGACACCUUUAGCUCCUCCCCCACACCCUGUCUCUGGCGCUGGCUCUGCCUCUCUUCCCCAACUGGGGUGCUCCGUUCUCCCUCGUGCUAAUCCGCCCACGGAGGUGCGCCACCUCAGUCCCUCAGCGCUGCACCCAAAUCUUACCCUGCCUUCAAGAAUUGGGAAAUCCGAAAGCUCCAUAUCUGACCACAGGUCAUCUGUUUCAUCCCCAUCACCUCCCAUCUCUCUAACAAGAACCAACGAGCUGAUUUCACCUUGUGCAUUGUCCAUGUCAACAGGCCCUGAAAAUAAGAAACACAAGCAAUACAAGACCAAGUCCAGCUACAAGGCUUUUGCAGCAAUCCCAACAAACACAUUGCUUUUGGAACAGAAGGCACUAGACGAACCAGCCAAGACAGAGAGCAUCUCCAAGGACAACACAUUAGAUCCACCUCUGGAGUUGUGUUCCCCUGAACAGCUCAGGCAGCAAACUGAAGAGCUCUGUGCUACCAUUGAUAAGGUCUUACAGGAUUCCUUGUCUAUGCAUUCUUCUGAUUCUCCUUCAAGUUCCCUACAGACAUUUUUGGGUUCUGACACAAUCAAAACACCUACAACUCUUCCGAGAGCAGCUGGUCGAGAAACCAAAUAUGCAAACCUCGCCUCACCAUCUUCUACGGUAUCUGAGAGUCAGCUGACGAAGCCUGGAGUAAUUCGCCCUGUACCUAUAAAAUCCAAAAUAUUACUGAAAAAAGAGGAGGAAGUCUAUGAACCCAACCCUUUCAGUAAAUACCUGGAAGAGCACAGUGACUUCUUUUCUGAGCAGGAUGUGCCUGUCCCUCUCAAGCCUGUUUCUCUCCAUCCUUUAUAUCAAACUAAACUCCAUCCUCCUGCUAAGUCUCUGAUGCAUCCACAGACCCUCCCACAUGCUGACUGUCUUACCCCAGGACCCUUCAGUCACUUGUCCUCCUUCUCCCUGAGUGAUGAACAGGAGAAUUCUCACACCCUGUCUAGUCACAACGCAUAUAAUAAGUUGAGUCAUCCAAUGAUGGCUAUUCCGGAACACGAAACUCUUGAUUCCGAAGAGACCACAAUUGACUGUGGGGAACUGAAACCACGGAAAGGGAAACUGUGGAUAAGAGGGGACGAUUGGAUAAACAUGACUAAAAUCUCCAGUGUCCAGUCCUUUUUCGUAGCAUCUAGCUAA